AUGUUGAUCUCAUUCUAUGGAUUGACGGCACUCGCUGCGAUCUGCUCGUCUUAUAAGAUCGUUGUAUUCGCACCCGAUAUCUCCAAUAGCCAGGUUGGUUGGAAUAAGCGAGUCUCAGAAACACUAGCUAAAGCCGGACAUGAUGUAACCGUAGUGCUGGUCCAGACAUUAGAAGAUCCUGACAAAGACAUCAGCUUUAACUCUCAGGUCAAGGUGGUCCCAGUCAAUGCUUCAUCCGGUCUCACUAAGAAGGGUUUUGAAGAGUUCACGAAAGAUACCGUUUUUGGAGUGAGUAAAUUCGAACUUGCAUAG